AUGUGGUCACCCCACCCAUCCAAUGAAUUUCAAGGUCCACUCUUCGUCCCAGUGGAUUCUGAGUUAGUAAACUCGCCACCCAAUCCUAACAUAUUUGGUGGAGGCCGGCUUCAUCCCAAACAGCCUAUCAACCUUCCAUCUGGGGUUUCGACAAACAACCCGCCUGGUACCAACAAGUGGUAUACUCAGCUCAUAUUACCCCCAAGGGGAACUGAUCCUAUAUAUCCUCUUCCAUACGCAUUGGCUCUCUUGGAUGGCCAAUCACUUCUCUCAACUCAAAAUGCGAUCCCCUAUGUGGGCUUUGGAAUCUCACAUUCAGCUACUAAGGAUAUAGUUUUCGGUCCACCAGUGUCAACAGGUGCAAGUCAGCCAGUCAAGUAUUAUCUCAAUCCACUGGUUAUCACAAUGUGCUUUGGUGCCAGAGAACUCGAUACUCGAAACCUGACACCAACUUUGACCGAUUGGUCUGAGCUGGUGGCACACUUUACUAUCUCUUGUGCCAACAAUUCCAUGAUCAGCAUUCCCAUCUGCCGUGGGGCGGCAUUCAUGACGAUGAUCUACACUGGUUUGACACCAAUCAUUAGAUCCACCCUUGCCAUCGUUCGUCUUACCCAAGAUCAAACCAACAUCCAUGGUUUCAUCAAAUAUCGUAUACAAUACAAUGACCAGUCCACUUGGCUCUUGUACGCCCAACCGGUCAAUGGUUUUCCACAUCUGAAUCUACAACAAGUUAAUCAGACAGAAAUGGCUCAUUCAAUGGGUAUAUGGUCAGGGAUUAUUCAAGUGGUAAAGAUGAGCGAAUCUUACAGUAGUCCAUCUUCAUCAUCAGAUCAGUGUCUCCAAGAAGAGUCUGUUUAUGAUCGUGGAGUAGGCGUUUGGGUCCAUAAGGCAAGCAUAAGCUCCGGACCAAGAGGAUCCGGAUCAUACUCAUUCGACUGGUUUUCUCAAGGUCCUCGAGCGCAUGCUCAAGCACCUUUGAUUUUCGCGUUGCCACAUCAUUCCGAGGCGAUGUUGAGACCCGUCGAGACAAAACCUCCGAUUUCGAUUGCAUCACGUGUAAAUGGCCAUAUGCGACUCUAUCAAUCUUCUCAGUGGACAUUCCGAGAGAAUCUCCGACUUGCGAAAAACCUUGGUAUUACACCCAUCUAUGAAAAUGAUUCUUCCAGUCCUUUGGCACAGAGUUGCAAAACAACACUCACCGACAUCUUCAUAAAGGAAUUGGACGUGGAUUUUGAGGCUGAAGCAAAUUUAGACAGUUAUUAUUUUGCAGGAAAGAAGUUUGCCAAACAGGCUCUGCAGUGUCUCACUGCUGCACGGAUACUAAAAGAUGAUGAUCUGACAUCCAUUUGUCUUGAGAAAGCCAAGCGAAGCUUCCUUCGGUUCGUUCGCGGACCACAUCGGGCCAGCAGACUCGUGUAUGACCAGACCUGGAAAGGACUAAUCAGCUCCAGUAUAUUCAAGACAGGAAAUGAGUACGAUGACUUUGGAAAUGGAGUCUACAAUGAUCAUCACUUCCAUUUCUCAUACUUAAUUCAUGCGGCUGCCAUCCUUGUUCAUCUUGAUCCUACUUUAUUUCCUGAAGUUGGUCUCUACAUCAAUAACCUCAUUCGAGAUAUCAAUAACCCAACCGCGCACGAUCGCUUUUUCCCACUGUUUCGUUGCUUUGAUUGGUUCUUGGGACACAGUCUGGCCACUGGGCUUACACCUUCCUUCGAUGGCAAGAAUCAAGAAAGCUGUAGUGAAGAUAUCAAAACUCACGCCGUUACGCUGGAUAGUUUUCUUUACAGUUUGAAGGCUUGGGCAGAGGCCACUCAUAAUGAUACUCUUCAGGACCUUGUGGAGCUACAAUUGAUGAUAUUGCGGCGUAGUAUCAAUAAUUAUUACUUGAUGAAAGAUGACAACUCACUUAUUCCAACGUCAUUCAAAGCAAAUAAAGUACCUGGCAUUCUCUUUGAGAACAAAGCUGACUAUACAACCUUCUUCUCAGAUUCGAGAGAUGCGAUACAUAUGAUUCAGGUAAUCCCCAUUACACUCGCGACACCAUUUUUCAGAAGCAAAGACUUCAUUGAAGAAGAAUGGAGGAGUACUGGUGGUGGUGGAACUCCGAUGAGUGAGAUCGCUCAAAGCUUUGCAAACGGUUAUCGUACAUUGUUAUUUCUUCAGUAUGGUCUAGUUAAUCCUAAAUUUGUCUUAGAAACCUUCCUAAAAAGGGUUACAUCUGGACAAGAGAUUCCAUUGGAUGAUGGUCUUAGCUUAAGCUGGGCACUAGGAUUCUUAAUUACUCAACUGUAUAAUGGGUCUUGA